GUACCUUUAUUGUAUCGUCUGUCGUCUGUAUAUCUACUCCUUUUUGCUUUCAACUUUCGAGUUCGAGUUCGACAUAGUGCAAUGCAAACGAAGAGCUGUGGUGAUCGUUCCUUCCUUUAAUCAUUGAUCAUUGUAAUAGUCGUGAACUUGUGAAACAAAUGUUAAUAAAUUGUUUGAGAUGCUUGAAUAUGUUCAAAACGUGAAUGUGAUUUAUUCAAGUAAAUAAUGCAGUUCAAUGAUAGCUGUAAUAUGCGUCAGACAUGGGGUUGACCCGCAAGAAGCUGUUUGUAUUUUUAACGAGUCUCCAUUUAUAUCCUAUAACAUUUGGAGAUGGCCUAGGUGUAAACGUUGAUACUGUGUGUAACUCUUCAAUAUCACAGCGAGUUAAUUACGAGUUUAAUUCAGAUGUUGUGAAUAGCGAGCAUAUAAUAACAUACAAGGGUUAUUUUCCAAGAUCAACAAGAGAGAAUUAUGUCACUGCAGCGUUGAGGAAUGCAGGGAUAUCAAAUUGGACAUUACUGCAACGUAAUAACCCAGCUAAAGAAUAUCCAAGUGACUUCGAUGUAAUAGUUCUUGAAGAUGAAGGAAGACGUGCACUUGAUGCCUUGAAAGACCAUCCAGCUAUCCGUCGAGUUACAGCGCAGCGGCAAGUUACCCGUACUAUCAAAUACAUACGCGAGGAUGAUUGUGGACCAGCUGGAUGUUUAUAUGCGGGCUGGCGUAAUCAUCGAGUACGAGGACCGAAAUCCUUAAGACAGCCGCGUGAGAAUGGUGGUUACACGUCCAGGAAAUUGUUACGAACUGUCCCUCGGCAAAUAACAUCGGUUUUGAAAGCUGAUCUGCUCUGGUCUCUAGGUGUAACUGGUGAAGGUAUAAAAGUAGCAGUGUUUGACACGGGGUUAGCUCGAAAUCACCCACAUUUCGGGCGCGUCCGUGAACGAACCGAUUGGACCGGCGAAAACACAUUAGACGACGCUCUAGGUCAUGGAACUUUCGUCGCUGGCGUGAUCGCCUCUCGAGCUGAAUGCCUUGGCUUUGCACCUGAUGCAGAUUUACAUAUUUUCCGCGUGUUUACCGACAAUCAGGUCUCAUACACGUCGUGGUUUCUGGACGCGUUUAACUACGCUAUCAUGCGUAAAAUUGAUGUACUUAACCUGAGCAUUGGUGGACCGGAUUUCAUGGAUCAUCCAUUUGUUGAUAAAGUAUGGGAGCUUAGUGCAAAUAAGGUCAUCAUGGUGUCUGCAAUAGGAAACGACGGUCCUUUGUACGGCACUCUCAACAACCCUGCAGACCAGAUGGAUGUCAUUGGUGUUGGAGGCAUCGGGUUCGAUGACAGGAUUGCAAAGUUUUCGUCCAGAGGCAUGACCACAUGGGAAUUACCACACGGUUAUGGUCGAAUGAAGCCGGACAUCGUAACUUAUGGGAGCGGCGUUAGGGGUUCAAGUGUCAAUGGAGGUUGCCGGUCACUUAGUGGUACGUCAGUGGCGUCGCCUGUGGUUGCCGGUGCCAUAGCGUUGUUGGCAAGUGGCGUGCCGCGUCACAAUCUAACGCCCGCUGCAGUGAAGCAAGCUCUGUGUAUGACUGCGCUGCGGCUGCCAGGACCCAACAUGUUCGAACAGGGACACGGCAAACUGGACCUUAUUAGCGCUUAUCAGUUUCUGCGCAAAUACGAGCCUCAAGCGUCGUUGAGUCCGAGCUAUAUCGACCUGACGGAGUGUCAGUACAUGUGGCCGUAUUGCACGCAGCCGUUGUACUACAGCGCGCAGCCUACUAUCGCCAAUGUCACCGUCAUCAAUGGAUUGGGCGUUUCGGGGAGAGUCAAAGACGUGUCGUGGCACCCACACCUACCAAACGGCGUGCUCCUGUCGGUGUCGGCUGAUUACAGUCCGAUCCUCUGGCCAUGGUCUGGUUGGCUAGCACUGAGCUUCAGCGUCAUUGAAGAGGGCGCCGAUUUCGAUGGCAUUAUUGAGGGUCACAUGAACGUCACGGUUGAAAGCGACGAUGACUCCGGAGAGAAAAUUAUGAGGAAUGCUACGCUCACACUUCCUAUACGGGCUCGCGUUAUCCCUGUGCCGGUGCGUUCACGUCGCCUCCUGUGGGACCAGUUCCACAGCCUGCGCUACCCGGGCGGGUACUUCCCGCGCGACGACCUGCGCGCCAAGCACGACCCGCUCGACUGGCACGCCGACCACGUUCACACCAACUUCCGCGACAUGUAUCGCCGCCUUCGAGAACACGGCUUCUAUUUGGAAGUUAUGGGUUGUCCUUUAACCUGCAUCGACACGUCGUUGUAUGGAGCGUUGCUGCUAGUAGAUCCGGAAGAUGAGUACUUCCCUGAAGAAAUGGCUGCACUGAAGAAAGCCGUCGACUCUGGCAUGUCUCUCGUAGUUUUCGCUGACUGGUACAACGCUUCAUUACUGCGCCACGUUAAGUUUUACGACGAAAAUACUCGACAAUGGUGGAUACCUGAAACAGGGGGUGCCAACGUGCCCGCUUUGAACGAUUUACUUAGCAUGUAUCAAGUUGCCCUGGGUGAUCGCGUUUUCGAAGGAGCAUUCAGGUUGGGCGGUCAUCCAAUGUACUACGCGAGUGGAACUCAUAUACAUAGUUUUCCUGAACAUGGAAUCCUGAUAACGGCGCCUCUCAGUGACCAGGGACAUCAAAUAAUGUCUGGAGAAAAGCCGAGUGCAGGAGGCGGUGCGUCAGCCGGUGGGCAGACGGUCGACGUGCCGAUACUAGGACUACUGCAGACUGAUGGCGAAACCAGGGACUACACGAACGAUACCAGCGACAGGCUACCAAAGGCUGGUCGGCUAGUGGUGUAUGGUGACUCUUCGUGUUUGGAGGGCGGCGCUGCUCGCAACUGUCACUGGUUACUGCUCGCCGCGCUACAGUAUGCGCUCGUCGGACACCUGCCCUCCUCACUCAAGGACGCCGCCACUCCACACCAGCACCGACUGCGCGACGUACAUAUUAUACCAUCAGAAUUGCCACAGAGAGCAGAAGGGGGUCGGUUGCACGUUUACUCCAGGGUUUUAUCUCCCGACGGCAGCGGACCGCGGCCCGUACCGGAGUGUAUGACCCCCACCCCAGUGAGGCCCCAUCCGAUUCAUGCACCACCGUCAGCCCGCACCCUCGCUCCGCGACAUCAACCUACUGACCCUAAAAGUAUUGGUGCCCCCGAGAUAGAGGGUACGGAGCCUGCGCCGCGCACUUGGCGUGGAGCUGGAGCUGCACCGUCGCGCGGUCAUGGUGGGGCGGAGCAGCAGAGUCCGAGCAUGACUAGCCGCGCCAUGACGUUGCUGGCCAUCAUAGCCGUCGUGUACUGCCUCACCGCCGCCUGGAAGCGUUGCGGGCGCAAGCUACGCCGCCGGAGGCUCAUGUCGUUAGCCACCUAGCAUGAACCUAAUUGUGAUACAGCAAAACAAAGACGAAAUCACGUGAUAAAAACCUAACGUGGGGCCAAAUAUAUAAAUUUAGGACUGAAUGUGAUCGAAGAAAAUUUACUUCGGUAAUAUGACUUAUGAUAGGUAAACAGGGGACGUGUAUCAUAGAAAUUUAUUAGUGGCUCAAGCAACAUGGGAACGUCCUAAUCACAAAACUUUACUUAUAGCAAAGCAAGUCACUUCGAUGUAGUGAGUAGGUACUGUGGCGCGGCACUAGCAAAUAACAUGAAAAUACUUACACUUUCGUCAUAAUUUAUUGAUGUACCGGUGCGCCGGUAAGUUGUAAUGUAAUAGUUAAAUUGUAGCUCGUCGUACUUUAGGAUAAAAUGAACUUAAUAUUUUGGAUAAAGUUUUAUCGCGCAAACAGACACCGUUGUCUACAAAUAGGUCACAAUUUAUAUUUUCCGAUAUUAUAAUGUAUAGAGAAAUAGAGAUCUCGUUAAUCACACGGUGUGCACAAGCAGGUAUCGACGCUACGUUCACGCGUGCGGUCGCUUAUCCUUACUUAAUAUUAAGUACUCUAAUAAAAUUAACUCAGCAAAUUUUAUAUAAGUAAGGGCCUUAAUUAAGUUACCAAAAUGUACCUCAUUGCAAUGGGACUAACUUAUCAUAUCUAUUUAUUGUCUUCGUUACUUCGUGGAUAUUAAUACAAAAGUCACAGAAAUUAUAUAUUUGUACGAUGUAGUAGUAGAUAGAUAGAUAAAUUUAUAAAUGGAUUACCUGGCGGAACUUCAAGGAUGGCUUUCUAAUGUUUAGUAUGUACCUGUACUGAUAAAACAUGGCUCUUAAUUAUAAGAUCAAAUUAAGUAAAUAAUAAAUGACUAUUUCAAGGAUAUUCAGGCUUGAGAAUGCUUUUUUGCUUUAAAGUCUUCAAUUUUGUAACACAAUUUUACAAAAACUAUCAAACUAUUGUCUUUAUAGUCUCUGCGUGACGUGGCUCACAGUCUAAAUACUGUAAAUGUAUAAACUAGGUUUUAAGUCAAUUUUUAGCAAUCCUGCCAACUAUAAUACUCAUAUUGCCAAAUAAUAAGAUACACAAUUAGGCGAUGGAGAAAAAUAUUUAAUAUUUCCCUUAAAAUAAAUUAUAUUAUCAAAGUUCAAAUGAUGUAGGUACCUUCAUUUCGAAGAGUCCAAAAGUCACUUGUCUACGUAAUAUUUAUAAAAAUAAGUUUUAUCGGGUUCAGCUGCCAUCUCUGGUUCGAGGCCAGCCCCCCUUGGAAAAUAACUUAAUACGUCAACUGGUUUGCUCGAACCGCUUCGAACCCGUGACCAAGUGAAGUUACGUAAAAUGAUGAGAUCAUGAAAGUUUGUUUUUUAUUAUGAUUGAUUAGAUGUCGAUUAUGUAUUUGAAGUCACGCUAAGUAAUCCAAGUAAAUGUUGUGAAAUAUUUUCAGCGAAGCUCGGGGUAUGUUGUUCAUUCGUAUAUAUAGCCUACAUGUUUUCACUUGUUACAUAAUAAUAUAUUACUAUUACCUGUUAUUAAUUGAACUAUAAUAUGGUUGACAAGUAACAUGUUUUAUAUUAUGUACGUAAACAUAAAUAUACGAAUCGGUCUGUAAUAACUAAGUUAAGUUUAUUGUAGAAUUAUUUUGUAACGUAUACUUAUUUAUUAAUUAUUUUUUGGCUGUGGACUGUGUAGCUUUAUAAGUUGCACAGUCGCACUUCAGGUGUUUUACGUCACAGUUAUUUUGUAAGAAUUUAUAAUUAAAUUAUUGAUUCAUGGCUUAACUAUGUUUUAAGGCUUUCCGCACAUUUAACUCAUUCAAAUUGAAAUAUUAGUUGACAUAAAUGUUAAAGAUAUUCCAGUAUUUUACAAAUUGUACGCGUCGCGCCGUUAGCACUGUUCGGUUCUGUACAAACAUUGAAACACAAGAUGCAAGUUAUCAAAUUGUCACAUUUCUUAGUUUAGUGGUUUAUUUACAUGAUUACAUUGUUCUGUAAUUCAUGGUAGCUUACACAUGAAAGACUGGUUAUCACAUACGCUUUCGCGUUUAGACAUUUAUUUUAUAUAAGUUUUUGUUAAUAAAGAAUCAUCU